CAUCUCCAUCCGCCAAACAAGCCACAGCUGUACUACUAAUUCCUCUCCCAAUUCAAAUUUCAAAAUUCAAAAAAAAAAAACGAUGCUUUUCUCUACGCCGUCCGAUUAACCCUUGCCCUAAAUCUUCCCCUCUCUCCCGUCCAUAUAAACCCCCCCUUUACCUUAUCCCUCUCGUAACGCUUCUUCCAUUUCCUCUCCCGUCUUCCGAUCUCUCUCUUCUUUCUCCGUCAGAUUUCUCCGGCGCAGAGAAAAUGCGUGAGAUUCUCCACAUUCAGGGCGGCCAAUGCGGCAACCAGAUCGGAGCCAAGUUCUGGGAAGUGGUCUGCGCCGAGCACGGCAUUGAUGACACCGGGAGGUACCAUGGCGACUCUGAUCUUCAGUUGGAGCGUGUCAAUGUGUACUACAACGAGGCUAGCUGUGGCCGCUUCGUCCCCAGGGCUGUGCUCAUGGAUCUCGAGCCUGGGACCAUGGACAGCAUCAGAUCUGGGCCGUACGGCCAGAUUUUCCGACCGGAUAACUUUGUUUUCGGCCAAUCUGGAGCGGGGAACAACUGGGCUAAGGGCCAUUACACUGAAGGCGCUGAGCUGAUCGAUUCCGUUCUGGAUGUUGUUCGGAAAGAGGCCGAGAACUGCGAUUGCCUUCAAGGAUUCCAAGUCUGUCACUCGUUGGGUGGAGGAACUGGAUCUGGAAUGGGGACCCUCCUGAUCUCUAAGAUCAGAGAAGAGUACCCCGAUAGGAUGAUGCUCACAUUCUCCGUCUUCCCCUCCCCCAAAGUUUCAGAUACUGUUGUUGAGCCUUACAAUGCCACUUUGUCUGUCCACCAGCUUGUGGAGAAUGCAGAUGAGUGUAUGGUUCUUGACAAUGAAGCUCUGUAUGACAUCUGCUUCCGUACUCUCAAGCUUACCACACCAAGCUUUGGUGAUCUGAAUCACUUGAUCUCUGCAACCAUGUCUGGUGUCACUUGUUGCCUAAGGUUUCCUGGGCAGUUGAACUCUGAUUUAAGGAAGUUGGCAGUGAAUCUCAUCCCCUUCCCCCGUCUCCACUUCUUCAUGGUGGGUUUUGCCCCCCUGACCUCCCGAGGUUCCCAACAGUACAGAGCCCUUACUGUCCCAGAGCUUACCCAGCAGAUGUGGGACUCAAAGAACAUGAUGUGUGCAGCUGAUCCUCGCCAUGGCAGGUACCUGACAGCAUCUGCCAUGUUCCGAGGGAAGAUGAGCACCAAGGAGGUGGACGAACAGAUGCUGAAUGUGCAGAACAAGAACUCAUCCUACUUUGUCGAGUGGAUUCCGAACAAUGUCAAGUCUACAGUUUGUGACAUUGCACCCACUGGUCUGAAGAUGGCUGCCACUUUCAUUGGGAACUCUACGUCCAUUCAAGAAAUGUUCCGCCGGGUGAGCGAGCAGUUCACUGCCAUGUUCAGGAGAAAGGCUUUCUUGCAUUGGUACACCGGAGAAGGGAUGGAUGAAAUGGAAUUCACCGAGGCCGAGAGCAACAUGAAUGACCUGGUGUCCGAGUACCAGCAGUACCAGGACGCAACUGCAGACGAAGAGGCCGAGUAUGAGGAUGAAGAGCCAGAGUAUCAGGAGUAAUAUGUGUUUAACUUGAUUCAACUGUUGAGGAUGAAUUUUCUAUGUUUGGUUCAAUGUCCCUUUCAUUUUAAUCUUUGUUUAUCUGUGGUUGUAUUCUCAACUACCAGUUGUCAUCUCAAUCCUCGAGAACAUUUGUUGAUGUUGGAGACAGUUUACCUAUAUUAUGAUGUUUGUUAAUGAAUCUCUGUUUGUGGA